GUGGCGUCAGCGACCCGGAAGCACUGGCGGCGGAGUAUGGGGCGGGGCGUGUGGGGCGGGGCCGAGGCUGCCAGCGGGCAGGAUAAUGGCAGGAAAAGUGAAAUGGGUAACCGACAUAGAGAAGUCUGUGCUGAUAAAUAACUUUGAAAAGAGAGGAUGGAUUCAGGCAGCAGAAAAUGAAGAUUGGAAUUUUUAUUGGAUGAGCAUACAAACCAUCCGAAAUGUUUUUAGUGUGGAAACUGGUUAUCGUCUUUCCGAUGACCAAAUUGUCAACCAUUUCCCAAAUCACUAUGAGCUGACCAGGAAGGACUUGAUGGUGAAGAAUAUCAAAAGAUAUAGGAAAGAACUAGAAAAAGAAGGGAGCCCUCUUGCAGAGAAGGAUGAAAAUGGAAAAUAUAUUUAUUUGGAUUUUGUGCCUGUCACCUUUAUGCUUCCUGCUGAUUACAAUCUCUUUGUUGAAGAAUUCAGAAAAAAUCCUUCCAGCACCUGGAUUAUGAAACCUUGUGGAAAAGCUCAAGGAAAGGGGAUAUUUCUUAUUAAUAAACUCUCUCAAAUUAAGAAAUGGUCUAGAGACAGCAAAACAUCUUCGUUUGUUUCUCAAUCUUCUUCUAAAGAAGCCUAUGUGAUUUCUCUCUAUAUCAACAAUCCUUUACUGAUUGGAGGGAAGAAAUUUGACCUCCGUUUGUAUGUUUUAGUGUCUACAUAUCGUCCACUCCGAUGUUACAUGUAUAAACUUGGAUUUUGCCGGUUUUGUACUGUAAAAUAUACACCAAGUACAAGUGAGCUAGAUAAUAUGUUUGUACAUCUUACAAAUGUUGCCAUUCAGAAACAUGGGGAUGACUAUAAUCACAUUCAUGGAGGCAAAUGGACAGUGAGUAACUUGCAUCUGUAUCUAGAGAGCACUCGUGGAAAGGAGGUCACUAAUAAGCUGUUCAAUGAAAUCCAUUGGAUAAUUGUACAGUCACUGAAGGCCGUUGCACCUGUAAUGAAUAAUGAUAAACACUGCUUCGAGUGCUAUGGAUAUGAUAUUAUCAUUGAUGACAAGCUUAAACCAUGGCUUAUUGAGGUCAAUGCAUCCCCUUCUCUUACCUCCAGCACAGCCAAUGAUCGCAUCCUCAAAUACAAUCUUAUUAAUGACACACUUAACAUUGCAGUGCCUAAUGGGGAAAUUCCAGAUUGUAAAUGGAAUAAAUCUCCACCAAAAGAAGCUCUUGGAAAUUAUGAAGUCUUGUAUGAUGAAGAGAUGGCACAAAGUGAUGGGCCAGACCGUGAUUUGAGAAGCCGGUCGGGGCAGUCCAUUGGAAUAAAAGGAAAUCGAGCAAGAGAUUCAGGAAAGCCUGUGCUCACCACCUGGAAGUAAUGACAAAAGUCAAUACUCAAGGCUGACUUUUAAUGAAGUUUGGAGCUGUGCCCUACUCUUGGUAGGAUAUUAUUUUGAACUGAUUCUUGGACAGAUUCUUUCUGUUUGCAUAAUGGCUGCAUAUAGAAAAUAGCAGUGCUCAAAGGGAACAAAUGCAUUUCUUCGUACAACUUGGAGAGAUCUGGACAAAACAGGCUUUGUACAAAUGCUGCAUGUAAUUAGCUAUUUUAAGAGUAAACUCAGUUUACUAUAACUAUUAUGCUGUGUGUGGUUAUGUCUAAAUAAUUACAGCAAUUUUGCUACACAUCACUCAAAGAAUUAAUAUGUGAAUGGCAUUAAACUCUUAAAAGCAUAACCACUCAGACUUCUGAGAAGCAUUAAUAUUUUUUUUUCCCCAAAAUAUGGCUGCUUUGGCUUAGUCUUCUUUUAAAGAGCCACCUUUUGCAAACUGAAAACUCAAAACAGGCAUUCUUAAACUAUUUAUUCCUGUUUUAAGAUGUGGUUUUGUUUUCUACAAAAGAAUAUCUGUUGUAAGUCAUCUCUCUCUACACUUUUUUAAAUAUAAUGCACGUUUUUUGUCCUUUCCAAUGAAUGCACAAUAAACUGGAUUUUAAGUGGUCAAGAUUUUACUGCAGGUUCUUAAAAAAAUAAUAAAAAAGAACAGUAGUGGUCA